AUGAAUUAGAAGAAAAUGCCAUAAGUUAAAGUUACUCUAAAGAAAGUUGCAAAUGGAUUCAUUGUUCAUGAUGCAGAUACAACAGUUCGUAUUCCAAAAAGUAUUGUUCAAUUACCUCCUCCUCAAUCAACCAAUUAGAUUAAAAAUAAGUCUUAAGGAACAACAUUACCUAGUUAAUCAUAAAUUACCUAAUAACAAUUACAAAUAAAUCCAGCAAUGCUUUCUCCUAAGCAAGCAUUCUUAUAUCCAUAAAUGAAUCCUUAAAAUAUUUAAGUCUAAUAAUCCAAACAAUCUAUCAUUUCUGCAUCUCCUCCACACACUUAUAAGCCAAUUUUGCAGUAACCUUUGACUAAUCCACCAAUCCAGCCUCAAAAUUUUUAAAUUUUCCCUCCAGAUCCUUUUGUUACUAGGAAGAGAUCUUUUGAAAUCAUUGUACCUUCUUGUACUUCUUGGUUCAGAAUUGACAAAAUACAUUCAAUUGAGAAGGAGAAUUUUAAGGAGUAUUUCAAUCAAGAGAACAAACACAAAACCCCUCAACUUUAUAAGAAACAUAGGAACUUUAUUAUUAAUUUAUAUUAUAACACUCCAAAUGUAUAUUUGACUACUACUGCAUGUCGGAGACAACUAGCUGCUGAUGCAUGCACAAUAGUCAGAAUUCAUGGAUUUUUGAAUCACUGGGGAAUCAUCAAUUCUCAGGUGGAUUCAGACUAAUACUAAGGCAAAAUUAUCCCUUAGCCUGCUAUUCCUGAUAAUUUAUUUAAUGAGUUAUUUUAAUCCAAAAAUAGUUUGGAACAAUAUUAAUUAAGUGAAUAAUAAAUUAUUGAUUCAAUAAGAGCUUUGUCACUUAAAUUAAGGCCUAUUUGCGAUUCAUGUUAAAUGAAAUGUAAUUUAGUUUGGUACCAAUAAAAACCUAUUAAAGAUAUCAAAGAAAUUAUUCUAUGUAUAAGAUGCUAUGGGAAUAAUCAUUUCCCAAACAUACUCUGUGCAGAGGACUUCUUUAAAACUGAUAUUGAAGAAAGAUUGAAAAGCACUAACAUCUCAAUUGAUCAAGCAGAGCAAUCAGACACUCAAUUAAGUGAUAAGGAGUUAUCAGAAAUGUUGAAUUACAUCCAAGAAAAUCCAGAAGUAGGUUGGGAUAAAAUUGCAGAAUUUAUAAAUGAGAAUAGAAAAGUCAAAUUAGAUGUUAUUUAGAUACUUAUCUAUUUUCUCAUCUAUCCCUUUCAAAAGUAAUCCUCAAUUAUUCGUUCUUUGGAUGGAUAGGAACAAUUGCAAAAAUUGACCAUUUAUGACUUGGCUAGUAGGAUUGCAAGUGAAGAACCCUAAAUAUUCUCAGAUUCCUCCAAUCUAUAUGCGUAUCAUCUCUCCAUUUUCCAAAAACACCUUAAUUAGGUUGAAGAAUCGAAGUAACACAAUGGGGAAAAAUUGUGCAAUGGUAAUUCAAACAAGGAGUUAACCAAUUUGCAAAAUAACUUAAUUGCUCUUGAUCAAACUUAAAUUGUCAAUUUCAAAGAGGACUCAAUCAAUAAAGCUAAUGCUGAAAUCACUAAGGAAGAAAAUAAAUUAAAUUAAUGUAUCAAUGCUAUCAUCAAUGUUUAAAUGGAAAAAAUACAGUAGAAAAUCGCUUUUCUUGAGGAAUACGAAAAGAUUGUUUUGAACGAGAAAAACAAUUUAGAAAUGCAAUAAGUAUAUUGUUCUAAUAAGAGAUUAAUAGAAGUAAACGCUUGCUGA